UCUAAUCAAGUAAGAUACAUAAAUUAGUUGUAUUUCUUUGUUAGUAAGAAAAAGAAAAUAUAUUGCGGUUUAUCAUCUUUACUCAUUAAAUUAUCGUGUGGCAUCUUACAUCACGAUCUAACGUUUUCAUGUCCAGUAGUGAAACCAGUAGCAUUGAUACAAAUGAGACUGUUGACGGAGAUUUGGAAUUUGGAAAUGAUUGUGAUCUAAGUAACCAACAGAAUAUUUCGCUCAAAAGUUCUGAAAAAAGUCGUUCGCUAAAAGAACAGGUUCUAUUUUCAGUGGCUGAAAAUAGUGCAGGCAGGUAUUUUAAUGGAUCUCAUGACUUAGUCAAAAAUUCGAAUCAGGAUCUAAGCUCUCAUGAGGCAAUAAUUAUGACAUCAAAUCAAGCAAAUAGUAGCACUGCAAUGGGUGGGGGUGAUGCACCCAUAUACCCAUUCUGUGACAAUCAACAGAGUGAACGCUUACCAAGUGUUUAUAGCAGUGAUACAGACCUUACAGAGCAUGGAGAUGCAAGUUUGAACUCUAACAUUGAACAUGAUGCUUCUGGAGAUUUUAGUAGUGAAAUACUUCCGCAGUUAUAUCUAAAGAAAAACGAAAAUGAUUGCUUGAACAGUAAGAAAAGAGUAUUUAUCCCUCUCUCAAGUGAGACUGAAUCACUAGGUUUAAAUUCAAUAAAUGAUUUAAAGACAGAGCAUGAUAUAUUUUGUUUGAAUAAUGACGCCGACGCGAAAAAACAGAACAAAAAAGAAGAAAUCAAUUCUACUAAGGCAGAUGCAGAAACCGAUUCAGAUGUAGCCUAUAGUAACUUUUUUCGCGAUCUUGGCAAUUGCUCUACAUAUUCUUUGAUGAAUUCAUUUGAUAUGGGAAAAAUUACCAAACACUUUGAAGCAUUGAGUUCAAAUUCAAUCAAUGAAUUAAAAGAGUCAGUUGAAUUACACGAAUUACUUGAAAAUUGCAACGUCGAAGAUCGAAUAUCGCUGGUAUGUGAUUAUUUUAAAAAGAAAUUGUCGCCCUUAAAUGAAAAAGACCAAGAAGAAAAUAGGAUUAAGACGGAUAUGUCUGAUAAAGAUAAAUCAGCUGCAAACGCAUGUCUAGGUGAUCACGAAAGAAGUGAAAUAAUGCAAAAAACUAACAGUAAAGAAAAGGAGGAUGCUACGAAAUCUGACGAACUUCCUUCAGGGUCAAAUUCUACAGAAGCAUUGAAAUUGGAUAACACUGAGCAGUCGUUAGGUGAGAAUAAUAUAAAAACUAUGAUUGACAACGAAGUGUUUCAUGAAUAUACCACCAAGAUAUUUGACUUAACUGGAAAAAGCGUGACUAAUUUUCCGCAUAAUAUUAGGCAGAUGUGUUUAAUACUUAACUCUGAAGCUGAUUUCAUGGAAGACGUCAUUGCAAAUCCAGCAGCAGAUGAGGAUAUAAAAAAUUUCUUUUAUGAAAAGUCGUUGGACCAUGUUCAAAACAUUAUGGCAAGCUUCUCUCGCAAGUGGGCUUCACAGUAAAGUUUUCUGACUGAUUCGAUAGAUCAGAGAUGUUUGAAGACUUUAUUUAAUAUAAGCAUGGAAUUUGUAUAGCCAUAUCUUUGAAGUUAUUAAAAUAUUUUAUAAAGUCAUUUUUAAAACAA